AAUAUUUUUAUAAUUCCGAAUUUUACAGGUCAAAAAGGAGAGAAGGGCUCUUAUGGAGAACCCGGUUUUCCAGGAGUGCCAGGGCAGCCAGGUUUGAAAGGAGAUGAUGGGUUUCCUGGUGCGCCUGGAUUUCCUGGUAUGAAAGGAGAAUCUGGUUUGCCUGGUGCGCCUGGAUUUCCUGGUUUUAAAUAAAAAAAUUAUUAAAAUUUUAUUCUUUCGGUAUGAAAGGAGAAGCGGGAUCAGAUGGAACAUGUCCUGCAAAUUGUCGUUAUAGUAAGAAUUAUAUCUAUUUAGAAUUCGUAAAUUUUACAUACCAAACAGAUGAGCUUUUUCCUCAAAUUACUAAACUACAGGAAACAUUGGAAGCUUUGAAGAAAAGAAUCGAAGUGUUGGAGAAUAAUUAA